UGAAAAAUAAUCAUUUAGGUUUCAAUUUCACUAUAUUCUUUAGAUUUCAGUACAUCGUUUAUAAAAAUAUAAAAGUUUAUUUUCCAAUAAGACAAGCUACGUUGUGCGUCAUUGUGUAACGAUAGAACUACCACAGAAAGUUGAGGUGCUAUUGUAGCUUCGCCUACAUCAGUCACUCAGUUGUAAGUUCGUCUUGACUCUAUAAGUACUUUAUUUAUAUUAUGUACAAGCGUAUCCUGCCUAAUAGUUUUACAAUGAAAUGCUACUUAUGACAUUUGAGUUCAUUCAACUGAAUGAAAUUAUAACAUUAGCAGAAGAACAACAAGAUUUAUGUCGGGAAGUUGCACUGACCCUAUUUAUAGUGAGGCAAGUUCAAGAGAAAUCGUUAGAAUACAACAAACCGGCAUAUUUAUGUUUCAUGGACCUUAAGAAAGCAUUUGACAGGGUAAAAUUAAAGGACGUUAUCCAUUUGUUAUACUGAAGAUACGUCUCUCUAGGAAUAAUAGUUAAAACGAUCGGAAACAUUUACAAGAACAAUACAAUAAAAGUAAAAGUAGAAAAUGAACUAGCUAACCUAGCUGAAUUCCUUGAGUCCUUUAUAUGUAUCCGUAUCCGUUAAAAAAAGGAUACCAAAUGGGAGAAAAACAACUUCCGUGCAGACGAUGCAAUACUAAUCUGUCAAAGUGAAGAUGAUUUACAACGUAUGCUGCCCCAAUUUAACAUAACUGCCAGAAAAUUUAACAUUUUAAUUUCCCCAAAAAAUAUAAAGUGCAUGUUUAUAAUAGCAAAUCCAAUAAGAUGUAAGUUGGAGCUGGAGGGAGAGAUAAUAGAACAAGUGAUGGAGUUUAAAUAUCCGGCAUCACACUAUCUAGUGAAACAAAAGUGGAAGAUCAAGUGAAUAGAGCAAACAGAGCCACAGGUUGCCUGAAUGACACAAUAUGGAGAAAUAAAAAUGUCGGAAAAGAAAUGAAAGGCAGAAUUUACAAAACAGUCAUCAGACCAAUAAUGCCAUACGCCGCAGAAACACGACCCGACACAGAGAGGACAAAAAGAUUGCUCGAAAUAGCAGAGAUGAAAACCCUUCGAAAAAUCGAUGGUAAGACUCUAUGGAACAGAGCUAGAAGUACAAAUAUACUACUCAGAUGCAUGGUGGACAACAUUAAUAACUGAGUAAGAAACAUAAGAAUAGAAUGGAAUGACCACAUAAGCCGAAUGACAACAAAUAGAGUAGUAAGGACAGCGAGAGGCGGUUCCCCAAUAGGAACACGAUCGGUGGGAAGACCACGAAAACGAUGGAACGACAACUUACUAGAGGCAAAUUGAAAAAAACAGACAGAGUCAUGUCUAUACAAAAAGAAUAAGAAGAAGAAGAAGAGAGAGGCAUUGUUGGAUUGCUUGCUGUCGAUGUUGAAGUUUGAUAUUUUUGGCUCCAGAUGAUGUAGGUAGGCCUUAUAUGUUGACCAUUUGAGUGUCUUCGGCCAGAGGGGGUCUUGAAGACAGCUGCACUUUUGUGUUUAUUUCACGUGGUGAUUGUACUUCGUUAUCCACUGUCAACCAUGUUUCAGGAAGAAAUCCCUCCCGAAUGGCGAACAGACAUCAAUUAUUAAUUUAAUCCAAGAAACUAGAAUAACGGAGAAAUCUCACUUAUCAAAGAUACCAAUCAUAGUCUUUAUAAAGAUUUUUAUUAAGACUUUCUUCUUCCUUUUCUUGUUGUGCCUAUCCGUUUCGGAUGUUGGCCACCAUCUUGGCAAUCUACACUUUGCACACUGAUGCUCUGAGAAUAUUUGUGGUUGGUGUGUUGAACCACGUAGGUAGAUUUUUCAGCCAGGAAAUCCUUCGCCUUCUUGGUCUCCGUUUACCUUCUACUUUUCCCUGCAAGAUUAGUUUCAGUAGUCCAUAUCUCUCGCUGCUCCUCAUUAUGUGACCAAGGUAUUUGAUUUUGGCUGUUUUUAUUGGGGUUAAUAGCUCUUUUUCUUUUUGUAUUCUCAACAAAACACCCUGGUACUAACGUGAAGAAUUUUAUAAAAUUGUAGAUGUAAAUUCUCUUGUCACGGUAUUAGUUGCCAUACUCCUCCGAAAAGUCUAUAGGUGGGAAACUAUCGAUAGUAGCAAUGUAAUGUAAUGUAAAUUUAUAGGUUUUUAUUGAUAAUUUUGCACCUCUACUAGUUUUAUCUCUUUUAUUGUGGAUGUAGUAUUAUGUUUUCAAUCUUUUGCGUUAUUUUGCCAGUUCUUAGCUUACUUAUCACUGUACAGCUCAGCUCUGACAACUGGAUCAUAAGUCAACUAUGUCAUAUUUAAAGCAAUUAACACUUUGACAGUUUAGUUGUGUUAAGUCACUGCCAAAGUCAAAAAAAUGAGUUUUACUAAAAAAGAGUUAAAACCACUUAAAGUUAUUAUAUACGGACCGCCGGCAUCUGGCAAGACUAAAUUGUCAGAACGAAUAUGUCGCCGUUAUGGAGCUCAUUAUAUAUCAGUCAAAACAAUGAUAGAUGAAACAUUGGAAGAUCUAAGAGCACGCAUUGAAAAAGAGACCGACAAACUUUUAACAAAACAUGUCAAAGAACAAGAUACGGAAACUACGGACGACGAAGACCAAGAAUUCCCAGGAGAAGAGGAAGAAGAAGAAAUAAAAGCAGUAAUAGAAGACCUACAAGAACAAUAUAGAUACAUUACUAGUACCAUGCAAAGAGGCGUUUCUCGUAAACUACCAGACGAGGUUGUAGUGCGACUGAUGAAGACGUUUUUGGCUACCGAGGUAUGCCAAACUCGUGGAUACGUUCUUGAUGGAUAUCCUAAAACUUUUGAACAGGCGAAAGAGUUGUUUGGUCAAGUUGCUGACAGUAAACGUAGAGAAGAGAUUCCUAAAGGUAUUGCAAGCGAAGGAGCUAUUCCUGGAGAAGGUGCACAGCUAGGACUUUCUUUAGGAAACGCAAAUGAACAAAUAAUGCCAAAUUACAUAGUAAGUCUAGAAGCCUCAGAUGAGUUUCUAUGUGAAAGGGUUAUGAGACUUCCUCAAAGACUAAUUAGGGGUACACAUUAUGAUGAAGUAAGUAUGUUAAAGAGGUUGGCAGAGUUUCGAGAGUUUGACUCACGGGAAAAUACUGUACUUACGUUUUUUGAUGAAGCUAAUAUUCAUCCAAUACUUGUAAAAGUUUUUGACGAAGAUACUGACGAACCGCUAAGUUUGGAUAGUAUUUUUGAUUUUGUUUAUAAAAUAUUUGGGGAACCAAUACCAGGCUUUGGUUUAACGGUGGAAGAAGAAGCCGAACUUAGAAAGCUAGAGCUCGAACAACUAAAGCUAUUGGAAGAAGGUGAGCGUUUAGAACGCCAGGUUAUGGAGAAGAAAGCUAAAAAAGAAUACGAAGAUAAAAUGGAGAGAUGGACUGAAACAUUAGAGAAAUUACAAAUAGAAGAAGAAAAGCUGUUAGCGGCUCAGAGUGAGCCUCUAAGAUUUUAUUUAAUGAAGUAUAUAUUUCCAACUUUAUCUAAAGGGCUGAUCGAAGUUGCAAAAGUGAAGCCUGAUGAUCCAGUUGAUUUUUUGGCUGAGUAUUUGUUCAAAGAAAAUCCAGAAGGUAAAAUGUUCGAUCCGUCAUACACUCGUGAAGGAGAGAGAAUUUUACAGCAGUAUCAAGAAGAAGUUAAAGAAACAAUAGAUGAAGCUCAUAAGUAAAUGGUACAAUAAUUAUUUGCUAUCUUGAAUUGGAAAAUGAUAUUGUAAAUUUGUUUUUCUUUUAUUAAUAAAAAAUGUUAUAUGUGAAGGUAUAAUUAUUUGAAAAAUUAAAGCCAUCGUUACAAUUACCAUCGAUACGAAGGUCAAAGUUUACGUACAUUGAAGAGUAAGAAAAAUGUUUUAUUUGGAAAGGUCAUCAUCAUAAUCGUCAGUAAUACCCGUGGUGGGUCUCGGUGAAUUCGUAACUAUUUUAAUCCCCCAUCCUAAUUACAGGCCAACUCGUAACUCUGGCGCGCAGGUAAUUCUUCGAUAACCCACUAACUAUCGGUGAAUUAGUAACUUUCAUUUUUAAGUAAUGUUGAUAAUUUAAUACCGGUAUUCCAGGUAUGUACUUGUAAAAAUUACUCUCUUUGAAGUUGGUGUAAGAGGUAUUCAGCAUUUAUGUAUUGUCUCUUGGAAGAGUUACUAGAGAAAAUCCAAAUAAAUGUUGUGAAAAUGACUGAAAUUCUUGUAACAGAUAACAGAUUUCGUAAUGAGUGCACGUGGGUGUAAGUUAUUGGUGGUAAAUAAUUUUAAAUUUCAAUUAAAGGAAGUGCUAAAAAGUGGAAAACAUUUAUGGUACUGUUCUGCAUCUGGUUGCAAGGCAACCUGUUAUACCGACGGAAUCAUACGGCCCCUAUUCUCAUUUAAAAAAAAUCAUGGAUUGCGUCAUCACGCCCAGAUGGAUGACGUUACUGGUAUGAUAUGUAUACUAAAAAAUUAGAAUUUAAAAAUAAAAAUCGACCUAUUUCGGGAUUUAUCUCCAGAAACGCCCAUUCUCGAGAAAAUGAAUUUAUUCCAACUCGAACGUCCUCACUGUAUUUGUUUAAAAGCCAAAAAAUUGUUUAUAACUUUAAAAACAGUGCUGAGGCCGCUUAGAUAAUAAGAUUUUAAUUAUGUAAAGUGUAUUAGAUAGGUAGGGAGCCUCUUUAUAU